AUGAGUAGUGUUAAAUUAUCACUUAUAGUUGGCCUUAUAUUCGCAAUAUGGGGUUAUUCAUUAUGUGCGCCUUAUUUAGACGACUAUGACGAUCAAACAUUAUUCGGUAAUAUAAUUUAUUCGCGUCAAGAAAUGGAUCGAGAAUUGAAUGAUAUAGUAAAAAAAGAGGUAUUGUGUGUCAAUGAAUCAGAGUGUCAUUAUAUUGGUCCUACUUGGCAUUGCUUACAUAAUCGUUAUGGGACCCUAUCCUGUGUCGCCGUCGGUGUAUGA